CCUUCCAGAUUGUUACGACUGCUGAUGUCAUCGCACAAGGCGCCGUUUCUGGGCCCAACUUCUUCGUCGCCGGAGGUAGAGGAGUGGCUCAAGACUGAAGUCCGCAUAUCGCUUCAAAUUCGAGCUCGACUCGGCAUCCAUGGCCGCCGCUUCGGCUUCCGCUCUCGCUCCGGCCAUUCACUUCCCGUCCCCGGUCGCCGCGAAGACCACCAAGCCCGCACUCUCCGUUUUAGUGUUGCCUGCUCGCAGGGUCAGCGCCGGCCUAGGGGUUUCAUGCGCUGCCCGCAUGGCUAUCUCGAACGAUGGGCGGAGUACGGGCGGGUAUGAUCCGGAGUUGCGAUUGGUGCUUGAACUGGCCACGGACUCCGAGCUGUAUGAGCUUGAGAGAAUCCUUUUUGGCCCGAGCUACUUUAGUCCACUAUUGAAAUCAAUAACGAAUAAGGCAGAUGUGGACUAUGCAAUGAUUGGAGAAGAUCUUGAAGAGAGGGAGGAUUUUGUAGCGGCUCUCGAGUCACGUUUCCUGUAUCUUGCAGCUGAUGCUCGUUCUGUGUUAAGAGGUUGGAGGCCUUCAUACAGGAGUGUCUUGCUUUCUGUGAGGAAAAGGUUGAACAUUCCUUGCUCAACUAAACUUUCAACCGAGGACCUAGAAGCUGAAAUCUUUCUACAACUGUUGCAAGAUUUCUCGAUUGAAGAAUCUAAAACUUCUCUGCCCAUGUGGGAAUCCUCUGCAACUUCUGAUGUGCAAGAUAGCCUAGAACUUGGAUUUGAUGAACAAAAGGUCCAAGAUUUUGCAGCUUCAAAAUUUGGGGCAAGUGAACUCCGUUCGCUGAUUUUUAAGGGGGGAGGUUUGGUUACUUUGGCAAAGAUAUAUCAGCUGAUUGCAAGAAGAUUAUCGGGGAAAGUCCUCUUAGAAGCUGCUAACUAUCAGAUAAGGAAGGAAGUUAUCAAGAAAGGUGGACAGUUGGCUGCGAUAAAUCUUGAAUCUCGUGCGGCCUUGCUUGUUGCAAAGAAGGGUUUUGCUGGUGCUGCAUCAAGAUAUCUGGGUUUGAGGAGCAUGAUGUCAUUGCUUGGUCCAAUGCUGUGGGGAACUUUUCUUGCUGAUAUGGUCAUUCAAAUGCUCGGGACUGAUUAUGCUAGAAUUUUGCGAGCAAUUUUCGCCUUUGCACAGAUCCGUAUAAUGCGGACAUAUAGAGUACCUGCCGAUGUUGAGUGAGGCAUCUAGAGCAUUUUGAGGAUAGUUGUGUCAGACAUUCAUCAGCUGGUUCUUGUGCCCAAGUUGUGGUACCUGUUAGCUUAACUUGCUUAGCUCGAUUGUUGGUGUCCAUGACAAAUUCUCCGUAGAAUGUUUGCUUGCUUUGCUCUAGCGAGAAAGAGCGUGCUGCCUUGGCUGACGAAUUAUAAGUCCUUGUUUGUAUGAUGGAAGAAUGUGGUGCCGUUUUGGGGGAAUUUUGGCGAACUGUACAUAUAGUUUCUCCCUUUGAAUAGCUCAGGUUGAUUGUUAUAUAUUUGUUACCGAGAGCGCUUGAAGAAGUCGCUUUUCUCUGGUUAUUGUUUCCCCAUGAUGUUUUUUUGUCAGUUACGUGGUCAUGUUAGGAACUACCAUCUUCUAGCUUCUGAGCAUGUUGAGAUAGAUUGUUCCUGUCAA